CUUUGCCUUUUCCUAUUGGGCAUAAAUUUUAAAACAACAACAAUAUAAUAUUAACAUUUUGAUUCCAUCAAACCAUACAAUCAAUUGAAUCAAUCAACAUUUUGUAAGUGAUUAUCAAAUAAUUGCUUAUUAUUCCUAGAAAGGCAUUGACUAACUCUAGGAGCUUAUUAAUUAUUGUCUUUGUUGUUUAUUUGACAAAAAUGAAUAAGUUGAUUUCGUUGCUUCUAACGAAGAGAUUAUUCGACAUUCGGUCGGUCACAACAAGAAUAGCUAUAGAUGGUAAAGAUGUUCCUAAAAAGAAACAAUAUGAAAAUAGAAUUACCUUGAUCGGAGCUGAUAAUUCAGUUAGCAUAACUGAUCUUAAAAACGCUCAGAACUUAUCAACUCGACGUGAAUUAAAGUUGGUUAAGAUCCAGGAUGCUGAUUCGAAAACGAGGCGACCGGUUUAUAGAUUAUUGACUAAUGCACAAUAUCAUGAAGAAGAACUAGCCAGAAGGAAAGAGAAGCAGGCAGACGAUAACAACACUAUUAAAGGCCAGAAACUUAUCACUUUGUCUUCAAGAAUUGCAGAUAACGAUGUAAUGAUAGGUGUAAAAAAAAUGGGUAAAUUACUAGAAAAGCAAUAUCAAGUAAAAGUUGUCAUAUCAGGCGAUGAAAGCGAGCAGUCUAAAAUGGAAAGAAUAUACACAAUAAUAGAAAAAAAUUUAGCAUCAUCAGGCAAAAUAGUGCAAAAGCGGAAUCAGGGAAAUAAUUUGAGAUUUCAGCUUGUACCAAUAAAAGAUAACGAUAAAACUAAAAAUGAUACUGAUUCUGGAUCAAAUAAUAAUAAUAAUGACAACAAAGGGCCACUAUGACUAGCUGUUUUUUUAAUCAGUGUACUAAUAACUAAGUACACAAUUUUUAAAAAGUACUACUUUUUAAGGUCUAAUGUAAAUAGUGAUUCCAAAGGAACAGAGUCAUCAAAUAAAACUAAAAUAUGUUAAGAAAUUUUAUUUUAUAUACCUAUGUAAGCAUUUAUUUAUAUUGCUUUAAUUGUUGUAAAUUUUGUAUAGUUACGCAAAAAAUUAAUUAAAGAACAAAAAUGGUAGAUACCAUAUAACUUCCGUUAUUUAUAUAUUUUUUGUAAUGCAACAAGCUUCAAAAGCAUUUGGAGUACUUACAAAUAGUUAUGAUUUGUAAUAAGUAUUAAAUUAUGAUUUGCAAAA